AUGGGCGUUGCACAAGACUCCUCGGCCGACCCUCCGAAGAACAACAAGCAAAAGUCUAAUGAUGGAAAGCAAAUUCCUCAUUCGGCCAUUGAUAAGGAAUUCCUCGCCGCUCCUAUCAAAUCUGCCAAGGACAAAUUCGCGCUUGUGAGAGGGCUGGUAAAGCAACAUUUGGACUCGUUUAAUUACUUUGUGAACACGGGAAUCAAGAAAAUUGUUCGUGCCAAUGAUCGGAUUGUGUCUGGCGUCGACCCAAGUAUUUAUCUCAGGUUUAAAGAUAUUUCUAUUGGUGAGCCCUCGCUUACAAUGGAUGGUGUGGCUGAAAAGAUUGCUCCCCAUACAUGCCGCUUAUCUGAUAUGACGUAUUCUGCUCCAAUAAAAGUCGAUGUAGAGUACAUUCAAGGAAGUCAUGAUCAAAAGACUAGAGUGGAGAAGAAAGGUGUCGUAAUCGGAAGGAUGCCUAUUAUGCUACGGAGUUGCUCCUGCACCCUAUAUGGGAAAACCGAAUCUGAACUUGCCAAACUUGGUGAGUGCCCCCUCGACCCUGGAGGAUACUUCAUAAUCAAGGGAAAUGAGAAGGUGCUUUUAAUGCAGGAACAACUUUCAAAAAACAGGAUUAUCAUUGAUAUGGACAAGAAGAGGAAUUUAAAUGCAUCUGUUACGAGCAGCUCAGAGAGAAUUAAAAGCAAAACUAUUAUUCAGAUGGAAAAUCAGAAGAUCUCUUUGAUGCUUAACCAAUUUGUCAAAAAGAUUCCUAUUAUGGUGGUCAUGAAGGCUAUGGGAAUGGAGAGUGAUCAAGAAGUAGUACAGAUGGUUGGAAGAGAUCCUCGAUAUGCUGCCCUGCUAAUGCCAUCUAUUGAGGUAUUAAUACGGUCAUGGUCAAGUAAU